UCAAAUCCAGGUGCUCUGCUCAGACGCCAAAGGCGGUCCAUCCAGGCAGCCGCCGCUAAGCUUUGACUGCAGCAAGAAUGGCAAUGUUUGCCGUUCUGCUGCUGCUGGCAGCGCCGCUGCUUCCACCGGCAGCAGCGCAGCGGCCGCCGGGGUGCCGGCGGCAGUGCGGCAACGUGACCGUCCCCUACCCCUUCGGAAUCGGAGCGCGCUGCCACCGUGGCGAGGGCCGUGGGUUCCGGCUCGAGUGCGACGACACGCGCCACCCACCGCGCCUGACCGUGGCCGGCUACGGCCACGAGGUGGUCGCCAUCUCGCUCGCCUCUGCCGAGGCCACCGUGCUGCUCAACGCCAGCCGCGCCUGCUACGACCGCACCUCCGGCUCCGGCCGCGUUCUUGACCGGCGGGAGUACCCCAUGGCCCUCAACGGCAGCGCCUUCCUCUUCUCCUCCAUGAAGAGCAAGUUCGUGGCCAUCGGCUGCCCCGACCUGGCCUACUUCGUGGACGACGGAGGGUACUACGUGACCGGGUGCAUGUCGGUGUGCCGGCCGUCGGAGAGCGCGCUGCCCGGGUCGUGCCGGGGCGGCGACGGGUGCUGCCAGAGCAACAUCCCGCUGGGUCUGGCCUCCUACCGCCCGCACGUCCGCAGCUUCGGCCGGCGCCAGCAGCAGCAGGGAGGGACGUUCCUGGCCAACUCCACGGGCUGCGCCUACGCGUUCAUGGUGGACGCCUGGUGGUUCUGGUACGCCGGCUCCCACUUCAACAGGACGGGCGACUUCGCCGUGCCCGUCGUGCUGGACUGGGCCAUCAGAGGCGCCGGCGCCGGAGACUCCUGCGCCACCGUGCGGGAGAACGCCACCGCCUACGCGUGCCGGAGCGCGCAGAGCGUGUGCCUGGACUCGACCAACGGCCCGGGCUACGUCUGCAAUUGCACCAGCGGCUACGAGGGGAACCCCUAUGUCCUCGGCGGCUGCAACGGCAGCUACCUGUGCACAUGCCCCAAGGGGUGGAGCGGAAACGCUACCGUGCAGGAUGGUUGCCACCAACAAGACAAAUUCACAUUAGCGCUGAAGGCCGUCACAGGUGUAAGCAUAGGCGUGUUCAUGGUGAUCCUGGCGUGCUUCUGGGCACACCUGAGUCUUCAGAAGAGGAGGAUACUCAGAGCGAAGCAGAGGUUCUUCGAGCAGAACGGUGGGCUCCUACUGCAGCAGCACCUGGGUUCACUGGCCAGCUCCGGGGUGGCAUUCAAGAUCUUUUCCGAGGAGGAGAUCAAGAAGGCCACCGGCAACUUCGACGAGGCACGGGUCCUCGGCCGAGGAGGCAACGGUGUGGUCUACAGGGGCGUCCUCCCCGGCGCCGGCGGCUCCACCACCGUUGCCAUCAAGAGGUCCAGGGUGGCGGAUGAGAAGCAGCUCAAGGAGUUCUCCAAGGAGAUGCUGAUCCUCUCGCAGAUCAACCACAGGAACGUCGUGAAGCUGCUCGGAUGCUGCCUCGAGGUCGAGGUGCCCAUGCUCGUCUACGAGUACGUCCCCAACGGCAGCCUCCACCGCUACAUCCACGGCGACGGCAAGGGCCAGGCGCCCUUGCCGCCGGGGGAGCGCCUUCGCGUCGCCGCCGAGUCGGCGCACGCGCUCGCGUACAUGCACUCGUCCGCCUCGCCCCCGAUCCUGCACGGCGACGUCAAGUCCGCAAACAUCCUGCUCGACGGCGAGCUCACCGCCAAGGUCUCCGACUUCGGCGCGUCAAGGCUCGCGCCCGCCGACGAGGCCCAGGUGGCCACGCUUGUCCAGGGAACCUGCGGGUACCUCGACCCGGAGUAUCUGCUCACGUGCCAGCUCACCUGCAAGAGCGACGUGUACAGCUUCGCGGUGGUGCUGCUGGAGCUCCUCACCGGGAGGAAGGCGUUCUGCCCGGACGGGCCCGAGGAGGAUGACACCAGCCUCGCAUUCUCCUUCGUCACGGCUGUGCAGGGGCGACGACACCGGGAGAUCAUGGACGGAAAUGUCAGGGAGGAGCUCGGGGACGAGGUGAUAGACGACGCCGCGGAGCUGGUUAUACGGUGCCUGAGCUUGACCGGUGACGAGAGGCCGACAAUGAAGGAGGUUGCCGACAAGAUCGAGAGAUUGAGAAACUGCGCAUGCACAAAUGCAACCGUAUAGAAAAAAUAUUAGUGGGCAAAUGUUUAACUAUUUUUUUU